UGUCAAUCUCGUCAAUGGAAAUAUAACACAAGGCCCCAGUGAGGCCUUUAGCCUCAUCAGUGACGCAGAGGUCGAUCGAUUUCAUAAUGUGGCAGUGAGAGGAGCUCAUAACACAAGUGCUUAGCCCACAGGAGAGCGUACACACAAUCAACGUUCAACAAUGGUUCCAACAGUCACUUUGCUUGUGGUGACAUUGGUGGCCGCGACUUGGGGAGAAGCACAACAGAGGAACUGGACUCCGCACGCCAUCUUAUACCUAAAAGGAGCACGAGACCGCUCGGUGUUGCGGCGCACCAGCAGAGUGGAAGGGAACACGUUACACAUAGUGACUCGCGACCAGAGCAUUGAUGGACCCGGAGCGUCUUUGUCUUCGCUUCUUCUGGAGCUUCUGCAGCGAGUCGCUGAAAAAGGUGGAGGUAAUCCAGAUAAUUACCACGAUGAACAACAGCUGAAUUUGAAAUAUGUGUGAAGAUAUAUGUAUAUUUUUUUGUUAUCUUAUUAGUAUCCAUCACAUCUUCUUAUAUGUGUCACUUGUUGCUGUUCGAGUUUACAAACCUGCUGAGUAAAUAAAAUUCCUUUUUGCUG